UUUGUGGAAUUAUUUUCAGCAUAUAUUUUUCUAAAAUUCUCGAAAAUCCGUUGAAAAGGCUUUGCGCGAAACGAAUAUGGCUUUCAACCACGAACCCGGGACUUCCAUGAAAUGUUUGAGCAUUCCGAUCAAGUUAGUGAAGGAUCAGAUGAUUGAUGCCGAAGGACGCGAAAUUCGUCGUUGCGGAUUCAAAAUCGGCGGUGGAAUCGACCAAGACUUUACGAGAAGUCCCCAGGGUUACAUGGAUAACGGCAUUUACGUUACCGAAGUUCACGAGGGCAGCCCGGCUUCAGAAUCCGGCUUGAAGGUACACGACAAAAUCUUGCAGUGCAACGGCUACGAUUUCACCAUGGUGACACACAAAAAGGCUGUGAGCUAUAUUCAAAAACACCCAGUGCUAAGUUUACUCAUUGCCCGGAAGGGAGUGACACAUUCAAAGAUUCAGUUGCUUUGUUUGUCAUCGAUGGUUCGGGCUCGUGAAGGGUACGCUCCCGUUGAGAUGGAAGUCCACUCUUGCUGUUCAUCCAAAGCUGCUUGCGUCAUCGUAGCAGUUUUGGACAUGUUGUCGAGUUGUUCAAUUUUGGCUGCAGUUUUAUGGCUAGUCACGGUGUCUGAGCCUCAGAUAAUCGGCGCUAUUCUCAAUCUAAACCUGUGGGGCGUUGCCAUGUGGUUGGUUUUUCGAUCGAUCGUCAGUUUCUUCACGUCGACGCUAAUGAUUAUCGCAGUUGCCAGGGGGAACGAGUUUCUGAUGUUGCCUUGGCUGGUUUCUGCGGCCGCGUCUUUUUUUGGUGGAGCAGUUGUAGCUAUUGCGGCACCUCUUGGACUAGUGCUGCUUCGUGUUUCAGGACAGGACGACAGUUAUGCUGGUCCUGAUCCUAAGCUCUUGGUUGGAUCGUGCAUCCUGAUCAGUAUCGGAGUGGCCAUUGCGCUUUGCUUGUACUUCAUUCCACUCUCGCACUAUCUAAUUCUGCUGAAACGAUCGAAGAAAAUGAAACAACUGCCGCAAAACCAGGAUUCAAUGCAGUCGAUGUUACCCCUCCUGCGUCUUACUCACGAUCCUGGUCCUGAUCCUAAGCUCUUGGUUGGAUCGUGCAUCCUGAUCAGUAUCGGAGUGGCCAUUGCGCUUUGCUUGUACUUCAUUCCACUCUCGCACUAUCUAUUCUUGAAACUUUUGGAAGUACUUUUGGAGCGCAUAUUUCGACUCGUUAAUUCUGCUGAAACGAUCGAAGAAAAUGAAACAACUGCCGCAAAACCAGGAUUCAAUGCAGUCGAUGUUACCCCUCCUGCGUCUUACCCACGAUCGUACCUGAACUUGAAGCGUCUCGUUUGCAGCCAUCAUCCUUAUCUCAUUUUCAAGGAUCAAAAGUUGGGGAAGGACGACUCCAAUUACGCGCUGCAGAUUGCGCUGAAGCACAUGAAAGAUCGUUGUCAAAAGCAGCAAGCGAGGAUACAGGUUUUGGAAGAAGAAAACAAGCGUCUCAUCCAGAACAAGUCAGAGCUGUACAGCGAAAUUGGGAAGCUGCAGGAGCACAACAUACGUUUGCGAGAACGGAACCUGGCGCUGAACCAUGAAGUGCACAGCAAGCAUCAAGAGUCUUGCGACAUGCGGGAGAACAUUUCUUCCUUGUCCCGAGACCACGCGUCCUGCGCGUCUCAGUUGAACGGGCUUCAAAGCGACUGCGAGACGCUGAAAACGAAAGUGUCGCGGUUGACGGAGGAGAACAAGGAGCUGAAGCGACGGAGCUUUGAGUUGGCCAUUGGGGCCCUGACGAGUGUCGGCGUGCAAACGGAUUCUCUCACGGAAUCGCCGUCGUGUGAAAUCAAAGUGGAGCGUGUUGCAAGGGCUCAAUCGCCGCUUGGGCGAUUGACGUCUUGGAUUGGAGGAAGAAAAAGUGUUGCCAAAGAUUCUGGAACGGGUUUGGAAGUUCCCGCGGACCCGCCGAGUUUGAAGGAGAGGGAAGACAAAAACGGGUUUCUAGUGGUUGAUGUGUUGGACCAGAAAGUGCCGACGAGUGAUGACGAUUCUUUGUUGCACGACACUUUGUCCAAGUCGGAUCAGAAGGGCAUUCGACUGCGUGAUACGGCUCUUCGGCAACGAACCUUGCUGAAACGAUGCCUCGACUACUUACGACUCGUCGAACGCAAUGCUGGCAACAAGAUUUUGAGACUAGAUUGUGAGAAGGAUUUUGAUCGGGAACAAGACCGUGAUUGUUCGAGCGUCGAACUCCCUGUAUCUGACAGAACCGCGAAACAUUCCGACUCUUCUCACCAUUCAACAUGUUCCCGGUGCGACUCUUCCAAGCUGGCCAACAGCGACAAAUCCGUCGGCACGACGGAAAGUUUCGCCGACGAGGUCAUCGACAAUUGUGCCACCAUGGUCUGUGUCGAGCCGUGCUCCACCUCCACCCGGGUUUGUCCCAUGUGCGAACAAGUCUUCCCGGUGUCCAUGUCAUUCAAGGAAUUCGAGGCCCACGUCACUGCACAUUUUGUUUCCGGUGACUCGUUGAUUGGGGAGUUUGAAGAUCUCGAUCUUUCGAUUCAGGGCGGCGAGACGACGCAUUUGUUCGACGUGCGGUCGUGAGGUUGUGAUCGUUAAUUGGGUCGUCGGUGGAGGGUUUCUUCCUUGUUGCGAAAAAGUCACUGGUAUAUUUUUAUUGCACGAAUCUCUGGGAUUAAAAUAUUUAAUUUGUGAUACACGCUCA